AUGUCCCCUGACCAAGCACGGUGGUCGAGCUGGCGUUCCCAAUGGACAAACGGCUCGCAAAAAGGGCUGGCUAUCUUGCAGUUUUGUGAGUCAAUUGCAAAUCACCAGACCAGAUCUGGUAGAUCAUUUCUCUCGCUCUCUCUCGCUCUCUCUCUCUCCCGCUCUGUCUUUCUUUCUCUCUCCCCUCUCUGUCUUUGUUUUUCUCUCUCUCUCGCUGCCUCUCUCUCUCUUUCUCUCUCUCUCUCUGCGCUUUGUUGGUGGAGGCCCGCUCGCAGUGGCUUGGCCGGGGGUGCGGAGCUCGCGGUCCUGGCUGUUUGGAGGAUCAGAGGAGACAGCCGCGAGAACCGAGCGAAGCUCCCACUCCCAGACUCCCGGGCCUCGACGCCGGAAGCUGCAACAUGUCCCGCUGAGAACGGCGAUGCCGAAGCCACGAUCCUUACAGGAUGUGCCGACGCGAGACCAAGGUCUCCCAAGAAGGAAGCGGGUGAAGCUGAAGGCUUGGAACACCUCCAAAUCGAGGACGUCCAAUGUCAGGUCUCUCUGCACAUGGCUCCUCCAUUGGCGUCUCCCGCAGCGCGAGAACAGCUCUUAGACGAGUCCGAGGAGUCAGAGGCCAUAGCGGAGCGCCACUCGAGCUCGUCGAGCUCCCAUGCUUGGCGGCGCAGAGACGGCUGGAGCUGCCCAAGGCGACCGGAGCCCUCCGGUGACGGAGGUUCUGGAUGGCCGUUCUUCGCCCCGUUCUUCCACCAGGAGGAGCAGACAGAGGCCUCUUCAGAAGCGGAUUGUGUCGACUACGAGCCGUGCUCUCCGCGCCCUGGCACUCGACAAGGGCGCAGAAACAAGGCCUCAAGAGCAGCCAGCCUCAGCCUGGAGGACGAGGCAGAGACUGUCAAAGGCCCCCUGGGUUGGGCUGACUUCGUUAGCCACCAGAGCUGGGACGGUUCGGACUCCGAGGAGGAGCAGCUCUUUGCCCAAAACACGGGCAUCUCUGCCCAGGAGCUCUUGAGCUUGGACGAUCCCGAGCCGGAGCUGGAGGGCUUCGUUCCGCGCGAUCUCUGGGUCGUUUUCGAGUGCGACGAGGAGGAGGAGCUGUCGGAUCACCAGGCAGAUGAGGCCGAUGAGGACGUGAACUCUGCGAGGGCCUCUGAGCCAGAGGUGGAGCCUCUGGAACGUGGCUGUGGCUGCGUGGGGCCGCGUGCCUUCACGCUCUGCGAUGAGGAGGCCAUGUGGACUGUCGGAAAGGCAUCGGAGACGGACGACACGGCCGAGACGGAGUGCAUGAGCUCCCUGGCCCCGACGGAGUUUGAGAAGGGCGUGUCUGAUGAUGACGACGACCACAACGAGUCGGAGGAAUCGCUCUACGGCGCCCAGUUAGAAACAUGUGCACCAAGAGGAGGAUCCCCAGCAGAGGAGAUCUUGGACGGAGCAACGCGAAGCAAAGCCGAGCUUCGUGGCCGCUGUUCAGGCGCUAUAUCCAGAUGA